AUGAGAUUAUAUAAGAGGAUUAAAUGGCCCAACUCAGAAACAUCUAACUGUGCCAACUGCUUUGAGGUCGCCGCCCUUCCAACUAGAAUAAACAAUCUUUCCACCAAAACAGAUGCUGAAGCUUUAUCCCGAUCUUCAAGUUCUCUCUUCUCUUCUUCAGUCUGUAAAUCGUCCGUUGUGUGCAGUAGUGGCAUUGGAGGCAGCGGCCCGCAUGACCUUCUCUAUGAUCGGACACGCUACGCCGUAGCGCCCUUGACUACUCAAUUAGCGUCUUCUGGACUGGCUAGUGUCGGCUCCUCUCACGUAGCCACUAUGUCCGAGACACUAGACACCGUUUUUCCUCUAGACGCCGAUCAGCAAAUCAAAUCACUCUGCUCAGUGUAUGGGCCUGGUGCCUGUUCCAAUGACAAUGUCAUUAGUGGUUGUAGCCACAGUCCCGUUGGAUUCUUUCAUUCGAACCAAGACAGCAAUUUUUUUGGCUUACGGGAUGGUCGGGUUAAAAUUACAAGAAAAGAGUUUAAUGACAAUCAUAGGAAAGAUGAUACUCAGCUUGAUGCUGCCGAAGGUAAAAAUUCUGACUUCGAGAGCACUCCAUUUGCUGAGUUGGAGGAAGAGCAAGAAGACGCAGAAGAAUAUGGUGAAGAAGUGAGCAUUGCCAUACUUAGCGCCACGCCACACCUUGUUAAAGAGACGACCGAAAGCGAUGGUCUGCUAAACAAUCGUGGUAUCUCUCUUUCCGACCUGGGCUAA